CCGCUCGCUCAGUCUGCGAUACACAGUCGACGCUGAAAGAUCGAUUCGGCGGACAGUCCGCAUCCAAGUCCAAACCCGUAACAUUUCCAUAUUCAAUAUACCCCACAACCAGUCAGUCGCCCGGUGAAAUUCUCAGUGCAGUGAACGAUUUAUGGAAAUAUAUUGAUUGCAAUUCAACCAGACAAGUGUGUGAAUUAAAAGCAAAUAAUAAACAACAGUCCCUGCUACCUGAACAUAUACCCCUUAAACCUAUUGCAAUGGAAUAUCGCCGACCAGAUCGCAGCCAGACAAUGCUGCUAAUUAUGAUAGUGCUCAUCGCCUGCCCGAGCAGUGCACACGGUCAGUCCUAUUUGUUCAGCCUGGAGAACGUCCUCAACGAGUCCUCGCGACAGCUGCCCCGCAACCUUACGUCUGCAAACGGAACCACCGAGGUGGAUCUGUUUCCUGAAAACAUAGCGAACAAUACACGGAUUAUUGUCUACAAAAAUACUGUCGUCGAGUCGUCCAACGACCUAUCCCAGACAGCGAUGGAUGUGAUCACAAUUGUGUGGUAUGUGGCCACCUUUUUGGCCCUCGCCGCCUUCUUCAUGCUGAUGGCCUGUUCGGAUCGUCGCUGCCGCGACAUGAGACGUCGUCCCACUGGAGGUCAGUCCACGGAGGGAUUAAGGGCACCACCCACACCGUCACCCUCGUACAGUGAAUUCGCACCGCCCAGCUACGAUACAGUGAUAAAAAUGCAGCAUGCGGCCAAGACGAGCGUGUUCGUGAUACCCUUUAAUAACAAGGGUAGCGAGGUGGAAGCACCACCAACGUCGCCACCGCCGCCUCUCUCUGCCAGUCCAUUGCCACCUUCCAUAACCUGCAAUGUGUUUACCGUUAAUGAACUGCAAAAGUCGGCCAACUAACCGAUAAGCAGAAGGUGAAUCCUCCGAGCGAAUCGCCGUGAAUCCAAUCUGUGAUAUUUGCUGUUUAUGGCAAUGGGCCAAGUACGAGUAUUAGCCGUCUUAAGAUCCCCAAUCCCAAAAAGACUGACAACAAAUGAUAAAAUGCCAG